GGCCCCAAGGCAUCCUUCAGCCGCGAACGAGACGGAGAUCUCCUGCAUCGAACCUGCUGCCUUUUCUCCCCUUCCUGAGCUAUCCCACGUGAGCAUCCUGUACGGAUCCACCCUUUCAAGAGCUCUUAACCGCUGUCCAACCGCCGCGAUCGAGUGUCAAGCAUACCCUCAACAGCAGAGAGACACAGGAGGAUCCCGGCGCGUAAAAGGGAACCAUGGAGGGGGUCCCUUCACCGCUCCGGGUGGGCUCUCCCGCUACGACUAGGAAGCCCUCCAUCGACACGGUUCCUACUGCUCUGCGCGCCGGCUCACCGGCCGUUGAACGCGGGACGCCGACUUCACAUUCGCGACCACCUCUGAUGCGACAGAACACGUCCGGAUCCGACAGGCUUUCACAGCUCUUUCCAUCCCGUCCCGCUUCGGUCGCUUCAGUCAGCCCUGCCGAAACACCGUCCUCUUCAAGGCGCACGUCCUAUCCUUCUCCUCUCCUCCCAGCCGAACCCUCAUAUCGAAUUCCCAGCGCUCCCGCCCCUCCCUCAUUCUCCGAAGAUACCUCGUACAAAUCCUCCACCGACCCCUUCAGCCCGACUGGCACACCACCAGCGUUACAGAGUGGCAGUGGGACAAAACGGCUUUUGAGCCGGCUUACCUCUUUAAAGAGUGCGCGGUCACGAGGAGGACAGUACAAUAAGUUAGAGGAUGAGGAAUCGGGUUCCGGUAGGCGACGGUUAAAAGAUGUCGAAGAGGUGGAGGAGCCUCUGGGGUAUGAUCUGAGCGGCUUCGAUGGGGGCCUGCCAAUGAAGAAACUUGCGGUUCCCAAGAAGAUGGGCAGUACGGCAGACGCCAUGGAGCGAGAGCGCGACCUCAAUGAGGCUGGAUUUGCAGCGGAGUACGAACGCUUGGAAGCGCAAUUAGGUGCUGGAAUGGCAUCAAUCAUGGAGGUGCCCUUCACGCAUCAAGGCGCACCACCCGAACAGGUAGCAGCUCAUGGUCACAAACGGGGCUUGUCCAAUACGCAGGUCGCAGAUUCUGCAGCCAAGGAUGCCCAAAAAGAGGCCGAGAAGAUGGGUGGUAUAGUGGCAGUUGCCGAAGUUCCUGUUGAUAUCAGCGAUCUGGAUGGGGGCAACGAUUUCGAGACCCGGAGCGUUCUAACCACCGGCCGCGGCGACAGUAGCGACGCGCAUACGAGCUACUAUUUCCCUCCCGAUCCCGAUAUGCCGUCGUGGCGGCCAUUUUCCAUGGGCUGGCCGUGGCUCACCUUCCUAAUCAUCGUGGCGCUUGCCCUCGCGGGCCUCCAAGAAUUCCUCUGCCAGUUGUCCAUGAAACGAGCUAGAGAAGAUCCAGAGAAGGGCGGUCUCAUCCAGUUCGAAAAGGCUGGAGAGCUGUCCGUACUAAAGUACUUUACUUGGAAAUACGCUCCGAUACUCUUUUUCGUCAUCUACGGCAUCCUUUGGCAGAUUACCGACUUCGAGGUCAAGCGCUUGGAACCAUAUUAUCAGCUCUCUAAGAAGAGUGGGGCGACGGCAGGCGAGUCUCUGAACAUGGAUUACUUGACAUUUAUGAGCUGGCUGGUGCCUUUGCGAGCCCUGCGGCACAGACAGUUUGCCGUCAUUUACGUCUCGCUGGCCACCUUGAUAGCAAGCAGCUUAGUCCCUGUCCUCCAGUCCGCAUCGGUCGAAAUGUAUCCGCCGCAGAGCCAGCGCGAGGCCAACCAACCGAAAUCAGUCCGCAUCGAUCCUCCCUGGUCAAGAGCCGUCACCUCCUGUCUAGUUUUUGUUGCCGCUUGCGGUAGCGUGUUAAUCUACGAAAUGCGCCGCAAGAGUGGUUUGCUUUCGGACCCGAAUGGAAUCGCUGGCGUCGCAGCCAUGGCUACAAGAAGUCAUAUUUUGGCCGACUUUCAUGGUUUAGACACAGCGCCUCUGGAAAAGAUUCACAAGCAACUCCGACAUCGCCGCUACAUUCUGCAUAAAAGCUCGCUCUGGCAGGGAGAAUAUAUCCGCAACAGCACAGAGAAGAUUCCCGACAUCGGAUCUGACCCCCGACCGCUUAUGCUUCGUCUCCGGGCCGGUGUGCCCUAUGUAUGCUACCUAAUCGUCUUCGCCAUCGUACUACCGAUCUUCUUAUUCGUCGACGGCACUGGCGUCGUAACCGAAAAGCUUCCUUUCCUCCUAACAGCACUGGCUACCAUUGUCAAACUACUUUGGAACACGAUGAACUGCGACAUCCGUACUCUCGAGCCCUACUAUAUCCUCGCUCAACGCCGCGCCCCUGCGAAGACGCUCACGCUCGACUACACCGGCACGAACCCAAUCUUCCUCCCCGUCAAAGCUCUCUUGAACCGACAUUGGAUCGUUGCGUUAGUUGGCUUCGGUUCCAUUCUAGCCGAGGUCCUCACCGUGUGUGUCUCAUCGUUCUCCGUCGAUGGCAAAAAGUUCAUUCCAGGACACGGCGGUGAGAACGACCAUGACGCGAGCGAUGAAUGGGAUCGCUAUAACACGGAUCAGACAUUCCGUUCCUUCUGGUCUUCAUUUGCGCUUUCAAUCGUCAUCCUCUUCUUCCUCGUUGCGGUUGCUUGCUUAGUCUACGCUCGACGUUCCCACAAGUUCAUGCCCAGGCAAAUCGGCACGAUGGCCUCGGUUCUCGCCUUCAUUCACCAAAGCAAGAUGCUUGUCAAUUUCGUCGACACGGAGAAGUUCAGCAGCACGCAGAUGACGAAGCAUGUAGAGGGUUUACGGAAAACAUAUGCGCUCGGUUGGUUCUCUGGAAGAGAUGGAGAUGAUCACUGUGGUAUUGAUGAAGAACCUAUUCUCGCACCGUAUCAGUACGGAGUUGACUGGACGAAGACCCGCAUGCUGGGACACCAGAUCGGCACUUGGGAGCAUUAUUAGACAUUUUUCUUUUGAAUACUGGUUUCAUAUUGCCGCUUACGCAUCGUGGCAUGGAGUUGUUGGCUGCAUCUUUAUGAUACCUACGAUACCUAUGGUUCUCCGACAUUAGGUAAUGUCUUUGGUGUUAAUGGUGGUAUUCGAUGGGCUCGUCGCGUCAAUUAGGGUUGGCACUUGCAUACACUAAGUCUAUAGAUAGCAUCGCAUUCUAUUCAAAUUCGUCCAACAAUCUCGCAGACUGACGGAUUAUCUGCUUCCCCCGCC